AUGCCAAGGUCUUCUUGUACAGGUAAAUUGGUAUACGACCCCGAAAUCAAAAAGACCGCACGAAGACUUCGUCAGGAGACUAAGCAACAAUUGGAAGAAACAUCCGCUCCAUACGAAGACAAAGAAGACCCAACUUUUGAGUUUGAGGAAUCCCUAAGCGAAUCCGAAGAAGAAAUAAUGGCUUUAAUCCUUGAAAGAUCGAUCAAUGACAUGACGUCGCCCGAUCUGAACCAGCAGCCACUGUGCAUUGAAUACCCCGAUCUAGAGGUAGAUUUUAAACUGAAAUCUGGAUUAAUUCAUUUACUUCCUACCUUCCGUGGUCUCGCAGGUGAAGAUCCACAUAAGCAUCUGAAGGAAUUCCAUGUGGUAUGCUUCGGAAUGCGACCACAAGGCAUAAGCGAGGAACAAGUCAAAUUGAGAGCAUUCCCCUUCUCUCUCGCCGAUCAAGCGAAAGAUUGGUUGUACUUUCUACCUUCAGGAUCCAUUACAAGAUGGAAUGAUCUCAAGAGGCAGUUUCUUGAGAAAUAUUUCCCUGCCUCAAGAGCCACAACGAUCCGGAAGGAGAUCAGCGCGAUUCGACAAUUCGCGGGAGAAAGUCUUUUCGAAUAUUGGGAAAGAUUCAAUCGGCUAGUGGAAAGUUUCCCCCAUCAUCAAAUCCCGAACCACUUGUUGAUCCAGUAUUUCUACGAAGGUCUAUCAAAUAUGGAUAGGAAACUAGUAGAUGCGGCAAGUGGCGGAGCAUUGUUCGACAAAACCCCCACCGAAGCGCAUACUUAUCAACAAGUCAAAGCGUGUGGUAUCUGCACCUUAACGGGGCACGCUACCGACAUGUGCCCAACUCUUCAAGAAUCAACUACCGAACAUGCCGACGCCGUAGGAGGAUUCGCCGGACAACAACAGAGAAGAUAUGAUCCUUUCUCCAACACAUACAACCCCGGAUGGAGGGACCACCCGAAUCUGAAUUACGGCAACCAACACUUUCAAAAACCCCAAUACCGACCACCUCAACAACCUAACCCCACGCCUAACACAUCCCUCGAAGACAUGAUGAAAGCACUAGUGACCAACACACAACAAUUCCAGCAACAGACCCAGGCGAGCUUCCAACAAUUCCAACAACAGACCCAGCAGUUCCAGCAACAAACCCAGAUGAGCAUUCAAAAUCUAGAGUCUCAAAUCAGUCAACUGGCGUCAUCUGUUGGUAAGCUCGAGUCCCAAGAAUUGCAGGAAUAUGUGAACGAAGAUGACACCAAAUGUGGGCUCGUUGUGAAAAGAAAGUCGGAAAAAGAAAUUGAGGUCCAACAAGAACAAACCAAACACGAAGUGGACCAUCCGCAGCCUUUGGUAACUAGACCACCAUUCCCAGAGAGAUUCACCAAAGCGAAGAAGGAAGAGGAGGAAAAAGAGAUCCUUGAAACGUUCCGCAAAGUGGAGAUAAACAUCCCGCUGCUCGAUGCCAUCAAGCAAAUACCUCGAUACGCGAAAUUUCUCAAAGAAUUAUGCACUAACAAGGGUAAACUCAAGGGAAACGAACGGGUAAGUAUGGGGGAGAACGUCUCCGCAAUUCUCCAAUGA